UUUUGUUCCUCUAUCUUCGCCCUGCCCUCCCCACCCGCUGCCUGCGCCCCUUCGCCCUCACCCCUCCGUCCUCCCCGGCCUCGCCCGGGGGGAGCCGGCGCGCGGACAGAGCAUGCGGCGGCCGCGCCGAUGGCGGCGACGGAGCCGCGCGUGGACGUGCCGCGCGGCGACGCGGAGGCGGGGGCGAAGCUGUUCAAGGCGCAGUGCGCAAGGUGCCACACGAUCGGGAAAGGCGGCUGCGCCAAGGCGGGGCCGCCGCUCUGGGGCCUCCUCGGCAGGCGCGCGGGCGCCCUGGAGGGCUACGCCUUCUCCGAGGCGGCGGGGCGUCCGCCGCCGCCGGGGGGGGGCGGCGGCCGAAGGGGGGGAAGGCCCGGAGACGACCAGGGAUGGAGCGCAGGCCCCCGCGCGCGGCCGCCGCCGC